UAUGAUCAGCGAUGACUCACCACACAAGCGGAACAUCUCACUGGUAUAUCAAUGGUCUUUUAUAAACAUCCACUGGGUGCCAAGGUAAAUGUGAUGUGCAGCUGCUUGAAAACGUGCAAGGUUGCAGCUUCCUCGGGUAGUGUGGUUGGGAGAUGUGAGAAAUACCAUGGGAUGCCAAGGAUUUGUCAACUACAGACAGGCGUCUUACCCACUGAGAGGACUCAAGCAUAAAUUGCAGUCAGACCUGCUAAAGGAGUAGGGUCUACUUAUAUUCCUACUCCUCAACCAAGCAAAGCAAGAAUACGAGCCUAACCAGCAGCAGCGGAUAACAGGCAUGAUGGGAGUUCCUGUGUUCUGCAUGGUGGUGGUAACAUUUAUUUGUCACAGCCACAGUCUGGAAAUACAAAACACUCUUUACAGGUUGAAAAGGUCAUGGGGAAAUGUCUUGUCAGAUUCCAGUGACUGUGUGCCCAGGACAAAACAGCAACAGAUUUUAACAAACUCUUACAAUUUCUCUGUGGAUGUUAGGAUGCCUGGUGUUGUCCCAACUGGGUCAGACACUUACCUGUGCCUGGCAAUUCCUGUGCCAACAAGUCGAGAUGCCUAUAUUGUGGACUUCAUACCUCAUGCCAAUAUGGCAACAGUCCAUCAUAUGCUGCUUUUUGGCUGCCAGACCCCUGUCUCCACCAGCAGCUACUGGGACUGUGGUAGUGUACAAGGAACUUGUCAGGAUGAAGCUUCCAUUAUGUAUGCUUGGGCUCGGAAUGCACCACCUACUAAGCUACCCAGAGAUGUUGGUUUCAGAGUUGGAGGAAACUCAGGAAUGUCCUACUUUGUGCUGCAGAUCCAUUAUGGAGAUGUCAGUGCUUUCAGAGACCAUCAUAGGGAUUGCUCAGGACUUACCCUAAAAAUGACCUUGAAACCGCAGCCAUUCAUUGCUGGCAUAUACCUGCUGAUGUCUGUGGACACGGUUAUCCUUCCAGGAAAAAAAGUCACAAACGCAGACAUCGCUUGUGAUUACACUUCUUAUCCCAUCUAUCCAUUCGCCUUCAGGACCCACACACACCAUCUUGGUAAAGUGGUCAGUGGUUACAGGAUCCGAGAUGGGAAGUGGAGCCUGAUUGGAAGACAGUCUCCUCAGCUACCACAGGCAUUCUAUCCUGCUAACAAGGAGGUGAACGUGAAGUAUGGUGACACUGUUGCAGCACGAUGUGUGUUUACUGGUGAGGGCAGAACCUCCAAAACCUAUAUUGGUGGUACCUCAAAUGAUGAAAUGUGCAACUUCUAUAUAAUGUACUACAUGGACAGCAAACAUGUUAUCCCUUACAUGAACUGCAUGGAGACCGGCUCCAAAGAGCUGUUUCAGUAUAUUCCAGCUGAGGCCAAUGUUCCCAUCGCUGUCAGUCCAGGUCAUAUUAACUCUGGGAUGCAUAUGGGAACUUCAGCAGAUCAUCAAGAGAACAGAUUGUCGAUGGAUACAGAUAAACCUGGGCAGGCUCUGGAUCAGGACUACCAUUUGGAGCAAGACUCAUCAUGGCCCCAAGGGUUUCUCCAGCUAGGUCAGGUGUCAGGACUUGCACUUGACACAGAUUCUAACUUGGUCAUUUUCCACAGAGGUGACCAUCACUGGGGGGCAGACUCUUUUAAUGCCCAGGCUAGAUACCAGCAGAGGUCCUUGGGUCCCAUUCAGCAGUCCACUAUUUUGGUUAUGGACCCAGCGAAAGGCAACAUCCUGAAGGCUUCUGGCAGAAACAUGUUUUACUUGCCACAUGGAAUAACUACAGACAAGGAGAAUAAUUACUGGGUUACUGAUGUGGCUCUUCAUCAGGUGUUAAAAGUCAGCAGCGAUGGCAGAGACAGAACCUUGCUAGCGCUGGGAGAGGCUUUCACACCAGGAAGUGACAACCACCACUUCUGUCAGCCUACUGAUGUGGCUAUAGACACAGAGUCCGGAAACAUUUUUGUGUCCGAUGGCUACUGCAAUGCUAGAAUAAUGAAAUUCUCUCCUGAUGGCACAUACCUGUCCAAGUGGGGUGCAGGCUCGUCAGACAGGAGGAGACACAUACCAUUCCAAAUUCCCCACAGCCUGGUGUUCCUUCCUGACAGAAAGGAAGUUUGUGUGGCUGACAGGGAGAAUGGACGUAUUCAGUGCUUCAUAGCUGAAACUGGAGAAUUCGUUAAGGAAAUAAAGAAAGAUGAGUUUGGAGGGGAAGUGUUUGCAGUCACCUACAGUCCUGCUGGAGAUGGCUUGAUCUUUGCAGUAAACGGGGUCUCUCCGUAUCGCUCAGCUCCAGUCAGAGGUUUUGUAAUAAAUUAUUCAACCAAGGAUAUUUUGGAUACCUUCAGCCCAGAGAAAACGGAGUUUAAAAUGCCUCAUGACAUAGUUGAAACCAGGGAUGGCAACAUCUUUGUCGGGGAUGCUGGCAAUAAAUCAGUCUUCAAAUUUACCACUGAGAAGUUACAUCGCUCUGUCAAGAAAGCUGGAAUUCAAGAACUUGAAGAAAUGGAGAUGUUUCUCCAAGCUAAGGUGAGGCCAGGGCACAAUAUGACCAAGACAUCAGCCAUCCAAGAGAAGCAUAUUGUGGCUCAACAGCGUCAACCACAGAAAGCAGCAGAAGAGGAGAAGAAGAGUACAGCAAAGCCAAACAGAGAGCUGAGUGUACUCCCAGUCAUUAUCACCACCCUGCUGCUCACCCCUCUGCUGGUGGUUAUCUCCAUUGGAAUCUUUAUCUGCUGGAGGAAAAACAACAAAUGUGAGGUGAAAACUGAACCCAGCUCUAUUGGAGGCAUUUUGGGAAAGAUAAGAGGUAAAGCAGUGGGGAGUCUGAACCUGGGGAACUUCUUUGCAUCCCAUAAGGGUUACAGUCGUCAGGGCUUUGACCAGCUGAGUACUGAAGGCAGUGACCAGGAGAGGAACGAUGAGGACAGCAGCGACUCUGAGAAUGAGGAGUACUCUGCUCUGCCGCCUCCUCAGUCCUCCUCUUAGACAUUCUGGGACCUGCUACCAACCUUCUGAUACCAACCUUCUGCUUACAUUGCCAAGAUGUAUGUUAUUCAUCACAAGUCUAACUGUUGUUUUAGCUGCCAAUCAUAUUGUUUAUAUAUUUAAAAAUAUAUUGUAUAUAAAAAUAAUUUGGCAGGAUUUUGACAAUUUAUUUAAUCUUUAUUUAACUUAUCUGUGGUCUUGAUACAGUCUUGAUGGCACGAUUUACAUAUAACACUGUAAAAGAAUUCUUUUCCCGAAAUCAAACUUGCAUGUUGUGACAUCAUUCAUACAAUCCCCUGAACAGAUGUUACUAUCUGGUGCCAGAUUCUGCCUUGAAACAAGGACAAAUCUGCUGAGAUUCUAAUUUUAGACAUGCAGGUUCCCUCGUUUCAGGGAUUUUCUUGAAUUGAGGAACCAGUUACUGGACUUUUGUUUCAGUUCCAAAGUACAUAAACCCAAUUUGACAGAGUGGACAUUUUAGAUUGGGAAUUUCUAUGGCUGAAAUCCAUCCAUUUUCUAUACCGCUUAUCCGAUGGCUGAAAUGUGGUUGAUUAUUUAAUUUGAUGUUGUUGCUCUUUUGUACUCAAAAGCAACCUGUUUGGG